AGUGUUGUGAAUAGCUCCUGAAAUAGAGCCCGCUGGAGCGUAAAGGCAAAUGUGAAAGACGGCGUAGACAGAGGGGGGGUUUGUGUAAGCAAUGUGAUACGGUGCCAGUGUGAGAAAUGUGUUCACAUGGAAAGAUACGGAGUGAAAGAAAAGAGCAAGAAAGAGUGACGCGACAGAGACAAGGCCACACGGAUAAGUGAAAGGGAGGAAAAGAGAGAGAGAGAGAGCAAGAGAGAGAGAGAGAGGGAGGGGUUGUGAAUCAGGGGGAGAGCAAGGCGUGCUCAGACAGAGUCUGAAUCUGAGAGAGGAAGAAAGCUGGCCAAGGUUCACUGUUAUUUUCUCUGACAUACAAUCAUCAUCUACAGAAAGGAUUUAUCUUUUUUCAGGGUUUUUUUUACUCUCAAACUGGAUUUUAUGGACCUUGGACUAGAGAGAAGUCUGAAAAAUACUCAAAUAUUUCUUGAACUUUGUGACAGGAUCUAAACUUUUAUGACAGGACAUCAACCAGAUCUACAAGAUUUACAAGUAAUUCAUAGUUCUGAUAAAGUCAUCAGCUGUGUGGGGAUAUUGGUUUGCCUUUGACAUGGGGUCUGGGAAGGAGCUACUUAUUCUUGGCUUAUUGUGUAUGCUGGGGAAAUGUUUCCCUGAUUGUGGCAAGGGCUACGAAACAAAACGCGGUGAAUGUGUUGAUCGGGAUGAGUGCGCCGAAGGACUAUGUGGGGAUAACACAAACUGCUUCAACACGAUUGGCAGCUACUACUGCCAGUGCCCGGGGGGCUACAAACACACCAGAGGGCAGGUUAACUUCACUCUAGACGGACAGUGCGAAGAUGUCAACGAGUGCCACGAUGAUAGCAAUAUCUGCGGUCACAAUGCCAGUUGUACGAACCGGAUUGGGAGCUACGAGUGCACCUGCCACUUUGGGUACAUCAAUGCCACCAGUAGCCGUGGAAACUGCAGAGACAUAGAUGAAUGCGUCGAAGCUGAAGAAAUAGGAAAAGCAGAACUCUGCGGAAAAGAAGGGACUUGUAAAAACAAUGAUGGGAGUUACUGGUGCAAGUGUCCCCAAGGAUACACCAAUUAUGGCAUCCCAAGGACCCCAUGCUCAGAGCUCAGCUGUGACAACUUCAAUGGAGGCAGCGGGCCGACGCUCGGAGGCCUGGCAGACAUUAUGUCCUUGAUGAGAAACAGCUGUUUGGCUCUGUCUAACCCAAGAGCUACUGGUGAAGGAAAAACCGAUGGAGAGGCGCUACUGGAGAAACUAUUCACAGCAACAGAGGCCAUCCUGUCCCCCGGUCACCUGGACAGCAGUGAAGAUGUGAGCGGACUACUUGGUACGGUUGAGAACGCCAUUAUGCUCAUUGGCCCGCAGCUCAAACACAACCGCACCAAGAUAGAGACCACUGAGACAGACGCAGAGAUUGCAGUGCAGAGGGGAAUGACGCGACCCACUGGACCAAUCCAUCUGACCAAUGAGAAUGCUACACUCGACACUGACUGGACAACAGCAGCUGGGACGGGAUCUUACCAUGGUUUUGCUCUGGCUGCAUUGUUGAGCUACAAGAACCUUGAGAUAUCUGUUAACCGGUCCUUUGACAAGCUCGCAGGACAUGAAAAGGAUGGUGUGAAACCCUCCUUUCAGAUCUCCUCUAUAGUUGUGUCCGUUGUGGUCUCUAACCCGUCCACUCAGAACCUGAGCUCCCCCGUCAACAUCACCCUCAGACAUCAACAGAACACAGUGAAGUCGGCUGAGGUGAGCUACAUCUGUGCGUACUGGGAUGAGACUGGGGCCUGGUCCACAGACGGUUGUUAUAAACAGCCCUCCAACUCCAAUGCCACACACACUGUGUGCACAUGUGAACAUCUGAGCAGCUUUGCUGUGCUCAUGGCCCUUUACCCCAUGGAGCCCAACUUUAGGCUCCAGGUGGUGACCGUGAUAGGGCUGACCAUCUCCCUGCUGUGCCUCGUACUGUGCAUCCUGACAUUCAAGUUCUGCCGCUCCAUACAAGGCACCCGCACCACCAUCCACCUGCACCUCUGCAUCUGCCUCUUCAUGGCUGACCUCAUCUUUCUGGCUGGCAUUUCACAAACUGAACCUGUGGGCGGCUGCAGGUUCGUUGCGGGGUUGCUCCAUUUCUUCUUCUUGGGAGUGUUUACCUGGAUGCUGUUAGAAGGGGUGCAGCUGUACCGCAUGGUGGUCCUGGUGUUCAACGCCAACAUCCGGCCCCUCUACUUAUUCCUCACUGGUUAUGGGACACCCCUGGUUAUCGUCAUCAUAUCUGCCAUCAUCAGACCAAGUGGCUACGGCACUGACCGUCACUGCUGGCUGUCCCUGAAAGACGGCCUCAUCUGGAGCUUCUUUGGCCCCGUGUGCUUCAUCAUCAUCUUCAACGUCAUCUUUUUCAUCAUCACCGUCUGGAAGCUCGCCCAGAAGUUCACCAGCCUCAACCCAGACCUCUCCAAAUUGCACAAAAUUAAAGCUUUCACGGUGACAGCUAUCGCCCAGAUGUGCAUACUGGGUCUGAUGUGGGUGUUUGGGGCCUUCCUGUUUCAAGAGGGCACCACAGUGGUAGCAUACAUCUUCACUAUCCUCAACAGCCUGCAGGGAGCGCUAGUCUUCUUGAUGCACUGCCUGCUGUCUAAACAGGUGAGAGAGGAGUACGCCCAUUUCCUCUCCUGUAUCUGCAGACCACAGAAGAAGAGAUACUCCGACUUCAGCAGUACCAAUCCCUCCAGUAGUCAGACACAAGGUUCUCGGAGCGGGCAGCACACCGGAGAAUCCCAAAUAUGAAGCGCUCUAUCUUAUAUUGAACGCCAAAGACAGACUAUCACAUCUUUAACCUAUCUGGGCUAAGUUAGCCCUGAUUUGAAAGGUUUGGAUGACAAAUAAUAAUUCAGUCAUUAUCUACUCACCUUGAUUUCAACUGAAACUCUAUUUCAGUUUCGUUGUACACCAGCUGUUUAACGGUACAACUAACCAGGGCCCCCCAAAAGGUCUCAAGAUAAAUCUGAGGGGUCAUGAGAUGUUUAACAAGAAAGAAAAUGGGAUCAAAUUGUUUUACAACCAAAAAUCUCCACCAAUAGCAUCAUCUGUUGCAUUAUGGGUCAGAAAUUCUACCAUUUCCCUCUUAAUUUUGCUUAUUUUCCUCAUUGAUAAUGUAAAUUGUGGAUCAAGUUGUAUUGGUGGUGACUGAAUUUUUGUUUUAGUGUCAUUAUUGUCACAGCAGGCAAGAAGUAGCUAACUUCUAAAUGUGUUUAUUCAGGAACGCUUUAAGUGAAAGUGAAGAUAUUUCACUCGGUUCAUCCAUAACAUAUCACAAUCAUAAUAUAAGCUGUAUUGCCUUUGGAAGGAUUGAAAGUGAUACAUACAUACUGUAGACAUAGAGUAUUUAUUUUCAAGGGCAAACUAUAAAGUCUACAUUCUGUAGGCUACAAGAAAAUAUGAGUGAUGCUCUGUAUGCUUAAAGUAUGAGCAAACAGUUUGCGCUGUAUUUUAUAUCAAUGUUUUAUGUAAAAAUAAGGGUGGGUGUGCUUUUUGUUCAUGGGUUCUUCACAGAAAAUAUUUGUUUCCAUGUACAAUAUUAAACAGUACUGUAUGUUAUAAUGGCAAAGAUGAUGGUGCAAAUGUCCCAUGAAGUGCCUCUGAUAUUCCCUUCAUGUUUCUGCAGAUUUUAUGCCUGUUGUUUCUUGAUUUUAAACAAAAUAAGUGAUUUUUUUCAAUCACUUGUGGCUAUUUUGAAAUAAUUUUUUUUUUAUUUGCAAUUAAGCUGUGCCUUUUGUCACCGGUGUAUGUGAAGAUAUCAUUUCUCUUUUUAAUUAUCAAACAAGAAAACAAAUCCAGCCCAAAAUAGUUGCUUAGGAAAUUUACGAAGAACAGACCCACCCUUCUGAUAAGCCUGCAGCUACCUGCAAUCAAACUGUGUUUAUGGAAUCAAAUUCCUUUUUGUUGUCAUGUUUUCUUAUUAUAGCUGUUAGCCUCCACACAUUGUUAGUGACUGUAAGGUUUCACAUCCCUGAAAGGAGAACUUCAGCUGUUUUGAUCAGGUCUAAUGGGAGAUUUACAGACCUGAGUUUGUUUAUGUUAUUGCACUUUUCUGUUGUAAAAAAUGAUAAUCCAGCACAUCUUCACUCACGUGGUGCAUGUGAUAAUCAAGAAGACUUGAGAACCAGCCUCACUUACAGAACCUGAACAGUUUACUUGUUGUAAUAAAGCUAUCAAUUAUAUAUUUUUACAUUUUCUAUUUAAUAAAAAUUGAUCAGACACAUUGAUCUGCAGAGAGAGAGAGAGAGAGAGAAUCCACAUACCAGCCUUUUGUUUAUAUUGAAAUUGCUUCUCUCUUUCUCACAUAUGAACCCGAUAAAGAUGUAUCGGCCAAAACAACUAAACUUUUUAGGUUCCUACGUGUAGCUGCACUUUUUUGUGACCAUCGAUACCUUUUAUUCAUGCAUUGCAAAAUGUAUUUUUAUGUGAAAAAGCUAUUAUGCAGCAUUUUGUGAAUGUAAGAAUCUUAUUUUUAGAAUAUAGGUUACUAUAGAUGUUCUAGUUUGAAGGUAUAUGAACUUAUUUUUCUACUCUGUUUUGUUGUAUGUUGUUUGGUACUGUUUUUCUUUAAAGAAUAUGCACCACACGUUUUAAUAAAGCUUCUACUUCAUCUGAAAAA